AAUUAAGGUAACACUAUUCAGAACAGUCCUAGACUCCUACUCGAGAGCAAUUCAGAUCCCAACUUCCAAUGCCCAAAGGUCAGUCUGAAUUCACCUGAAACAUUUCAGGAAACAUUCCUCAGUAUCCAGAAUCGGAUCAGAGAUUCUCCAGGUUUGGUCCCGAUCUGUCCCCAUUUAAAGGAAUUCCUCGAUGGGGAAGGGAGGCGGCUGUGUUCCAAGCAAGAAGAAAGUACCUUCAGCCGUCGCUGCUGCCGAUGCCAGUGGCUCGAGGAACGCGCCGAUCCCGGUCGAGGACGAGCCCCAUGGCGCUGAGCCAAACGCCACGGUCGAAACUACGACCUCAGGUCCAAUUGCAAAGCUGAAAAUCUUCAUAGUCUUCUACUCGAUGUACGGACACGUGGAAGGCCUGGCCCGACGGAUGAAGAACGGUGUGGAUGGGGUCGACGGCGUCGAGGGAGUUCUUUACAGGGUUUCGGAGACGUUGCCGAGCGAGGUGUUGGAGCAGAUGAAGGCGCCGCCCAAGGAUGACGGGAUCCCUGAAAUAACGGCGGCGGAGCUGGCUGCGGCUGAUGGGCUUCUUUUCGGGUUUCCGACGAGGUACGGGUGCAUGGCCGCGCAAAUGAAGGCGUUCUUUGACUCGACGGGGCAGCUCUGGAAAGAGCAGAAGCUCGCGGGUAAGCCGGCAGGCUUCUUCGUUAGCACGGGCACCCAAGGAGGCGGCCAAGAAACCACUGCUUGGACAGCAAUCACCCAGUUAGCGCAUCACGGAAUGCUGUUUGUUCCCAUUGGGUACACCUUCGGAGCUGGGAUGUUCAAGAUGGACUCAAUUCGAGGGGGUUCACCAUAUGGUGCUGGAGUUUUUGCUGGAGAUGGCACAAGAGAGCCUAGCGAAACAGAACUGGCAAUCGCGGAGCAUCAGGGCAAGUAUAUGGCUGCAGUACUCAAGAGGCUCAACGUUGCAUGAUGGUCACAUACUACACAGUUCAUAAGUAUAUACAUGGUUCCAGCUCAUCAAAUCAUAAAUAUUCGUUCCUUGAUUGGUCUUUGGAAUUUCGGGUACACCAUAGUCAAUAUAUUUCCUAUCUCUUCUCUCUCUCUCUCUCUCUCUCUCUGUCUCUCUUCUUCUCUUUGAAAAGCUGUACAUGUUUUGGAAAAUUCUUCUGCUUGAUUCAUUAAUAAUUAUGUGAACUUGUCCAAUUGCUUUUCAUGUACACUUUAUUCUAUGACAUGAAAUUGAAAUGAGUAGAUUGUAUCAAGAAGAUUAGCAUCU